AUGACAUCGUCUAACGACACAAAGUCCGCAUCCGCCCCACAGAAAGACGAGGCCCCUUUCAACCUCCUCAGUGACCCAUCACACAAACCGGAAGGUGCACCACCCAAGAUCAGUGACAAUACCGACCCCGACACCCCAAACGAACAUCAAUCGCUGGCUCAAAGAAUCCAUGAACGCGUAUUGUAUAUAAGAGCAGUCAUGAAUUAUCUGAAGCGAUCCGAUUCGGUCACAGAGUAUGAGAAGCAGAUUAACCGUUUGGAAAUCUACAUCGAGUCUCUCGAUGAACAAUUAGUUUGCUUUCAGCAGCUUCGCGGGAGGAGAUCGUCUCCGGAGUGGCGCGGCAAGUGCGAGGAGGGCAUUGCAAGCACAGAGAAAUUUAAAGAGAUUUUUGAGACGGGAAAGAAGAUGUUGUGUUUAACUCUGAGGUCGAAGACUGUGGAUUCUGAAAUCCAUCAGUUGUUGGCCGAGAAGCAGUCGACGGUAGGCAAAAUAAGCGACUUGAAACUCAGACUUGAUAGGUUUCAAUGGGAGGGGAGUAAUCAGUGA